UGAAAGGAUGAAGACUUCACCGUGUACACAAGUGAUUGUGAUAGUUUUGACAUUUGGAUUUUUGUGUGAAGUCCACGCUCAAAAUUACCACUUCAGCAACGGCUGGCAACCCGGCAAAAGGAGUUAUAAACCAUGUGCUCUCAGGCCAGAAAUACGAUCUAUUUUAUACAAAAUCAUCGAGGAUGAGGUGGAGAGAAUACAAAAAUGCACAAACUCAAACUUUGAUGAUGUUUUCUCAAUGAUGCAGGAUAAAAAUAGUGUGGAUGCCAGAGAAGUUUAAGCAGCAGAACAGAGACAAGCCUGGGGUGGAACCAUUACAUGUAAUAAGCAAUAUGUGUUCAAUAUCAAUGGACGAAAUAACAAAAUAAAGUGGUAAAAAUUA